GCGCUGCCUUUGGCCACCAUCAUCUGCUCCGAGCACCAGAUUCCCAUGCUUAUCAGGAGAAAGGAAGCAAAAGACUACGGUACUAAGAGGCUGGUGGAAGGCACCAUUAACCCAGGAGAAACAUGCUUGAUCAUUGAAGACGUGGUAACCAGUGGAUCCAGUGUGCUGGAAACUGCAGAAGUUCUUCAGAAAGAAGGGUUAAAAGUCACGGAUGCCGUGGUGCUGCUGGACAGGGAGCAGGGUGGGAAGGCCAGGUUAGAGGAACAUGGAAUUCGCCUGCACUCUGUGUGCACGUUGUCUGGGGUGUUGGAGAUUCUCCAGCAGCAAGGAGAAGUGGCCGUGGAGAUGGUUGAAAAGGUGAAGGAAUUCAUCCAGGGAAGUGUAUUUGAGCCAGUGGCUCAGAACGGUCCUGCUCCCACCAAGAGGCUCUGCAAGGAGCUGAGCUUUGGCGCUCGUGCCGGGCUGCCCGGGCUGCAUCCCACUGCAGCCAGGCUGCUCACCCUCAUGGAAAAGAAGCAAACAAAUCUGUGCCUUUCUGCUGAUGUCACUAGCUCCAAAGAGCUGCUGCAGUUGGCUGCCACCCUGGGCCCCAGCAUUUGUAUCCUGAAGACUCAUGUAGACAUCCUGAAUGACUUUACUCAAGAGGUAGUAAAGCAGUUGAGAACACUCGCAGAUCAACAUGAAUUCUUGAUUUUCGAAGACAGGAAGUUUGCAGACAUUGGAAACACAGUGAAACAUCAAUAUGAAGGUGGUGUGUUCAAAAUCGCAUCCUGGUCAGAUGUGGUUAAUGCCCACGUGGUUCCAGGCUCUGGAGUUGUGAAAGGUCUGAAGGAAGUAGGUCUUCCUCUCCAGCGUGGCUGUCUCCUGGUUGCCCAGAUGAGUUCCCAAGGGUCUCUUGCAACGGGUGAAUACACCAAAGCUGCAGUGCAGAUGGCUGAAGACAACUCAGAUUUUGUUUUUGGAUUCAUCUCUGGAUCUAGAGUUACUAAUAAACCGGAAUUUCUUCACUUAACUCCAGGGGUGCAGCUGCAAACUGGAGGUGAUAACCUUGGACAGAAGUACCUGAGCCCCAAGGAAGUUAUUGGUGAAAAAGGUUCAGAUAUCAUCAUUGUGGGACGUGGCAUUUUGUCAGCUUCAGACCGUCUCCAAGAAGCAGAGAAGUACAGGAAGGCAGCUUGGGAGAGCUACAUGAGCAGGCUUGGUGUUCAUGCAGAAGACUGAAAGGUGACCACUUUCCCGGUCAGUAAGCAAAGCUGGUGGAGCUGCAAUUAUCGUGAGACUUCCCAUUAAAUACAUGGAC